CCGCCGGGGGGCUCUGCCCACUGCCUCUCGGCGCCGAGCGCAGCCGCCGCGGCGGGGUGGGCGCCGCACCAUGGGCAGCCAGGGCUCCAAGGCGGCCAAGGCGGAGGGGGGAGCCCCCCCGGCCGGCCACGCCGCCGCCACCGAGCCCGCCAAGGCCAACGGGCAGGAGAACGGCCACCUGCGGCUCAACGGGGACAUGACGCCCAAGGCGGGGGGCGAGGCGGUGCCCCUCAACGGCAACGGCUCGGCUGAGCCCCCCCAGGAGGACAGCAAGGGCGAGCCGGGCGCCGAGGAUGCCAUCGAGCCAGCCCCCGCAGCCGAAGGUGGGGAUGCGAAGCCCGAAGGCGCUGCGGCCCCCAAGGACACCCCCAAGAAGAAGAAGAAGUUCUCGUUCAAGAAGUCCUUCAAGCUGAGCGGGAUCUCCUUUAGGAAGAACAAGAAAGAAGCCGGGGACUCCUCCGCGUCCUCUCCCACGGAGGACCAAGGCAAGGCAGAAGCCAAGGGAGAGGAGACCCCCCCCGGCUCCGGCAGCGGGACGGAGCCCUCGGCCCCCCCCCAGGAGGGGCAGGCGGAGGAGCGGGGCAGCGCGGGGCCGAGCGGGGCCGGGGCCGCUGCCGAGGGGCAGCAGGAAGCUGAGUCCAAGAGGGAGGAUGCAGAAGCAGGGGAGAGCAAGGAGGAGGAGAAGCAGCAGCCGGGGGACCCCCAGGGGGAUACAGCCAAACCAGAGGAGCCCUCGAAACCCGCGGGGCCUGAGCCCACAGCUCCCGCAGCGGCGGAGCAGAAGGAAGAGUAGAGCCUGCUUGGCAUCCACCUAACUUGAGACUCUUGCGCCAUCCUCUCCACCCCAGUAACACCACGGACUCGCUGCCUUGCCCACACACCUCCCCUCUCCGGUGUAGAACUGACAGCGCUUUCUAAAACCCAGCCCUGAAUUAUUAUUUCUACCCCACCCCUGUUAGGAAGCUGGUUUGGAUUCCCACCACCAUCACAACUCGGAGUAGUUUUACCUGAAUCCUUUAAAACUGUGGAGGAAGACUAUCCUGGACAUAACUGGAAUUUACAGUUUGUAAGACCCCAGAGCCCACGUCCUGCUCUGGUCUCUGCUGGCCUCCCGACCGUCCCUGCGCUCCUCUGAGCCCAGCAAGCCAGUGACUGUUCAAUGGAUUCUUUUUCUCAGUUUACAUUCCUGGUUCUGACUUCAUUUAAAGUAUUUUGUGCUUUUUAUAGAAACCAGUGGUUUAAAAGCUAAUCUGGUUAGUUUUUUUUAUAAAGUCUUACUAUUGGCUUAAAACUGUAAAGCUUGUAAGUCCGCUGUGUUUAAUUCUGCUUCUAGGGGAUAACUUUUAGGGUCUGGGGUGGAGGGAGGGGGCCUGCCAGCUGUAUAAUGUGAAGCAACAUUGUUUUCUCUGUAAAUAAUUUUUUAAUGGCCAAAACACUUGAUUUGCAAUUUUCUAACUUCUAAAAAAAAAAAAAAAGCUGUAUGGGUUUUAUUGUAACAUUUGAAAGGAAUAAACGGUGACCCCUU